AUGGCGCGUACUCGCGGGCGCGUUGAGAAGGCCGCUGUGGAGGAGGAAGAUGAGGUUGUGGAACAGGAAGAAGAGCAAGAACAUGUACAUGAAGAACACGAUCACGACCAGGCUUCGGAGAACGACGAGGAAGGCGAGCAGCGCGCGCUUGAAUUCGACGAAGAGCUUUCCUGGAGACCCGCCAAACCAAUUCCUACUGGCACCUUGAUAAAGCGACUCGACAAACUAUCCAAGGAGCUCUCAGAGCUUGAUCAGGGUGCUACCGAUGUUGAGUCUCUCCAAACGGUCGCCAAGCAACUGGGACAUCGCAACCUUCUCCAGCACAAGGAUCGCGGUGUCAAAGCAUACACUGCAUGCUGCCUGGUAGACAUUCUACGACUCUGCGUCCCCGACGCUCCCUUCUCUGAUGAUCAACUCAAAAUGAUGUUUUCGCUAUUUAUUAAGGAUAUUCUGCCUGCUCUUCAUAAUCCCACGAAUCCAUAUGAUAGCCAGCACAAAUACGUUCUUACAUCUCUAACCGAAGUAAAGAGCAUCUUGCUCAUUGACGAAGUUUCCGACGCCCCCGACUUGCUACUGCGGCUCUUCAAAUCCACAUUCGAUGACAUAUCUAAAUCUGGCUCCAAAGCCGCCUCUGAGGAGCAAGUCGCCAAAGAUGUCGAACUUCACCUGACAGAGAUGCUCAUGCAACUGAUUGACGAAUCUACUAGCGUAUCGGCUUCGGUUGUUGACGCUGUUAUCAGUCAGUUCCUGAGGGCCGCGCCUCCAGGGGGGAACCGACACAAGGGACAAAAUGGAAACCAGUCCGACCUUCUUAUCAAAACUGAGCCACCAGCCUACGUUAUGGCUAAGAAUAUCUGUAACGGAUGUUCUGAUAAAAUGUCUCGCUACGUGAGCCAAUAUCUUAGCGAUGUCAUCCUCAAUGCUUCAGGGUUCGCGACCAAAGCCAAUGGGAACCGGCAAGCAGACGACUCCGAUGACGAGGAUGUUACCCUGGGUCCAUCUGAAGCGGAUUUGAAGAGUCUUCGUCAGGCCCAUCUACUGAUUCGCGAAUUAUGGCGAGCAGCACCCACCAUCCUCCUCAACGUGGUACCACAAAUCGAGGCGGAACUCUCUGCCGACAAUGUUCAUCUUCGCCAAAUCGCUACGGAAACAAUUGGCGAUAUGAUCUCAGGCAUCGGAGCAGCGGGACCGCCACCUCCUCCUACACUAGAUCCAGCGGCUUAUCCUCCGUUGAAAUUGCUAGAUGAUGUUCCAGCGCCCGCCGUCGAGAAUGUCUUGACGAAGCCUUAUUCGCCUCAGUCUUUUGCCCAGACUCAUCACGCCGCUUAUCGAAACUUCGUUGGAAGAAGGAAUGAUAAGACGGGUAUUAUUCGUACCGCUUGGGUCUCAGCAGCUGGUUACAUUCUUUCCACAUCUGCAGGAGGCAUUGGCCUUAGCCGUGAAGAAGAGAGCGAGCUCAUCAAGGCGCUCUGCGACAAGCUCAACGACAGCGAAGAGAAGGUCAGGCUGGCUGCUGUACGGGCGAUUCAGUUAUUCGAUUUCCGUGAUAUCGUCCUGAAACUUGGUGCCCUUGGGGGUGUAGAAAAGGCUGGUUCCAUAUUCGCCAGCUUGGCAGAUCGAUGUCGUGAUCGAAAGCCUACUGUGCGUGUCGAUGCCAUGGUUUUGCUCAGCAAACUUUGGGCGGUCGGUGCUGGUGAGAUUGCUGACGGUCAAGAGGCUGUCACAUUCUGCUUAGGCGGGGUGCCCUCUCGAAUCAUCAAUGCAUUCUAUGCCAACGACCCAGAUCUCAACAUUCUUCUGGACCGCGUUAUGUUCGAGUGCCUGAUUCCCUUGAAGUACCCGGCUAUUAAGGGUGCAAAAGCAAAGGCGGCCUCGCAGUCACAGGGAGGACAGGGUAGCGGUAGUCAAGCGGACCAGGACAAGAUCCGCGCCGAGAGAAUUCUUUUGAUGCUGAAGUCACUGGAUGCACCAGCCAAAAAGGCCUUCUUUCAUAUGCAGGCUCGUCAACCUGUGGUUGCCAAGGUUGUCGCAAGCUUUAUCCAGCAAUGCGAGGCGUACAACGGCGGUGUUAUCGAGGCAAAUGAAGAAAAGGUCAAGGCAGCGUUCACCCAGACUUACCAGUGGAUUGGCGGCCAGUUCCCUGAUCCGCUAAAGGUUCGCACCGAUCUGCAGAAGUUUGCCAGAUUAAAUGACCGCCGUUCCUACGCGCUUGUCAAAUUUGCCAUUGAGUCUAAUACUGAGUAUUACAUUGUUCGAAGAGCGAUCAGUGAGUUGUGUACCAGGGUCCAGGGCAAUCCUACAGCCAUAGGUUGUCUAGACACGCUCAUCCCUCUGUUGUACCGCUCCAGUUCUCUGAUGUUCAACCGAAGCCACCUUGCUACCAUCAUGGAUUACUCAAAGAGUGAUAAAGCAGGAUUCUCCGCUGUUGCGCACGAUAUCUUGAACGAUAUUUCACAGCGUAAUCCUGAUCUUUUCAAGGCUCACUCAGCAAACCUCCGCAAAGAGAUCAUUAGUCAAGCUCCGUCAGAGAGCCAGCCUAACGAAUCAAAUGUGGUAGAUAUUCUCAAGGCAUAUUCAUCUUAUUCUAAGAGAUACCCAGACGACAUAAACCAUGACCGGAAAUUCGUCACAGUCCUCAUGGACUACGCCUUGUAUGGUGUUCCUGCUAGAAGCGCCAAGUACGCCGUCAACAUUCUGCUUGCCAAGAACGAUGAUAAGAGCAAAGUCACGGCAACUACUCUUCUACAGAGAGUCAUGAAGGACCUGAAGUACGGUUCACCUCAUUUCCUGACAAGAUUGUCUGCAGUGGGCCAGCUGGAGCGUCUAGCACCGAGUGUUACUUUAGAUUUUGACGACACCAUCAACGAUCUAGCGAUCAAGCAAAUUCUGCGUCAAGUCCGCACGGAGGAUGACAAGCCUGAUAUCUCAUGGGUUGAGGAUGAGGACAUGAACGAGGAGCUGCAAGCGAAAUGUCUCUCGAUGAGGGCAUUGGUCAACCAGGCACUCGCAAACCAGGACGAUGAGAAUGCUCUGUCCCGAGUCAAGAUUGUCUUCAAACUUUUGAAAGAAUUCGUCGUCUCAGAAGGAGAGUUCUGUAAAGUCAAGGACACCCCAUUGGCUCACAAAAAACGUCUCAGGCUCCUUGCUGGGCUUCUCAUCUUAAAGCUCUGCACUGUCAAGAAAUAUGAUGAUGAAUUUGACCCCAGUAGCUUCAACAAGCUCGCCGAACUUGUCCAAGACACAGAACUCCAAGUCCGUCGUCGUUUCACGGAGAAGCUACAAAGUUACAUAACACAGGGACGUAUACGGGCAAGGUUCUACACAAUGCUCUUCCUUGCUGCCUUUGAGCCUUCGGCAGAACUCAAGAACCGUGUAGAGACGUGGUUGAAAUCCCGAGCACGACUGUUUGCUGACAACAAAACACGAGUACUGGAGGCCAUGGUGAGCCGCUUCAUUCCAUUACUCGCUCACCAUCCUGACUACAGCUCCGAUAUCGAUGACCUGGCUGAUUUUGCCAAUUACUUCGUCUUCUAUCUUAACACGUGCGCAACGGAGGACAACAUAUCGCUGAUCUACAAAUAUGCUGAGCGAGUCAAGCAAACGCGUGAUGCACUCAACCCCGAUGCUAGCGAGCGGUUGUAUGUACUGGCCGAUAUUGCUAUGGCAGUCACACGCAAAUGGCAAGAGAGGAAGAACUGGAUCUUCCAAGCUUACCCAGGCAAGGUCGGCAUGCCCACUGGAAUCGUUCAGACUUUGCCAUCAAGCGGUUUGGCACAUGAGAUUGCACAAAAGCAAUAUAUGCCAGAAGAACUAGAUGAGAAGCUGGAUGACCUGCUAAAAGCCCUUGAUCGCAAAAAGAAACGAAAAUCAAUGGGCGAGAAGCAGGACCCACCAUCAAAGAGGGCAAGGACCCAAAUCAAAACAGUGAUCAGAGAGAAGCGAGAACCAAAGCUCAAGACGCCCAAGACAAAGAAGGCCUCGAGACCUAAGAAAUCCAGGCCAGCUAAGGAUUCGCCGCCGCCUUCUGAACGCCGACGGAGUGGUCGAGCUCACAAGGCGUCUGUAUACACUGAGCGAGGUGAGGAAGAGGAUGAGGAAGAGAUGUUAGCAGGGGUCACCGAGUGGAAAUACGGCGACGACAGUGAGUCCGACUCGCAGGCACAGGGCAGUGAGUCAGAGCUUUCGGAUGCGCCGGAGGAUGAUGGGGACGCAGCCGAGAGCGACAAGGAUUCAGACAACGAAAAGGCUUCCGAAUUAAAGGAAGAUGAGCCCAAGCAGCCUGAGUCCAACGGGCAAGAUAUCACCACAGUAAAGGGCAAAGCUGCUCCCAAGCCAACUGCCAAGGCCAGCGCUCCCUCCGAGACAAGGCGACCAGCAAGAGCAACCAGAUCGCGACGGGGCAAAGACGCAGAAGAUAUGGAUGUUGAUACCGAUGAGUAA